UUACAAACUCCUCAGAGCAACUCCCCCUCCAGAAGCAGCACCGUAACCUGCAACAAGGGCUGAGGAGUGCAGUCUUUCUCUGCAGACCCACACCGGCGCACAGAGGACGAAGCAGGGAGAGGAAAGUACAGCCAAAACCGCAAUGGGGACGAGCUGAACCGCAGACACGAGACAGGCUCGGCUGUUUUUAUUCUGUGCGCGCGCUGUGUGGAAGAGCGGCGUUUAGCCCUCGAGGCGACAGAGACGUUGGAAGCUGCUAACGGACGGAGGCGGUGGAGGUUUACCUGAAUACCUGCAGCGUUUCACACCGACGUUAGCUCGGACCGAGACGGGACUCGGAGCCCACCACACGGGACAGGAGAAAGUUUCUCAAGCUUAGCGCCACCUUAGCGGCUAAACAAUGUGGCUGACCCCGACAAAGUCCGUCUCGUCGUCGGUUGCCCUGCUAAUCCUGCUGGUCGUCCGCUGGUCCCACAGCGUUUUAAUCUCCCCCCAAGAGGCGAACCAGUUUUUGAGAAGACACAGGCGAGCAAAUCAAGUUUUUGAGGAGACGAAGCAAGGGCACUUGGAGAGGGAGUGUGUGGAGGAAAGGUGCACCAAGGAGGAGGCUAGAGAGGUUUUUGAAAACGACCCAGAGACGGACUACUUCUAUCCCAAGUACAUAGCCUGUGUGGAAAAAUUUGGGGAUUCUGAAAAGAAAAAGCAGGAUCUGAUCACAUGUGUUCAUAACAUUCCAGACCAGUGCUCUCCUUCUCCUUGUAAUGCCAGAGGUACGGUGCGCUGCGAGGACAAAAAGGGCGAUUUCCACUGUCACUGCUUUACAGGCUGGACAGGAGCCAGUUGUGAGAAAGAUGUCAACGAGUGCACCAGUAGUAAUGGAGGUUGUGAACAUAAGUGCAACAACACUAUUGGAAGUUACCGCUGCUCCUGUCAUGAUGGUUUCAUGCUGGUGGGUCGCCACAUGUGUAAUGAUAUCGACGAGUGUCAGGAUGCAAGUGUGUGUGGAACAGCUCUCUGUCAGAAUAACAAGGGCAGCUAUGAUUGCUUGUGUGAGGACGGCUACGUCUACGACAACAAAAGCAAAAGCUGUGUUGAUGUGGAUGAGUGCCAGUCUGGCGUAUGCGAGGAGGAGUGUUUGAACAUUCCCGGGAGUUUCCGUUGCUUCUGUGACGGUCGUCAGGGCAGGAAGCUGGGUCGUGAUCUGAGGAGCUGUAAGCCCAUAACGCCGUGUAUGUCGCCUUCCCUGAAGAGAAAUCCUCGUUCUCUUUAUUUGGGUCGCAUGUUCAGCGCCGUGCCCGUGGUGCGGCUGCGUUUCCGCCGCAGAGUCCACACUGGUUUCUCUGCAGAGUUUGACUUCCGCACCUUCGAUGGUGAGGGGGUGAUCUUCUUCGCAGGAGGCCACCUCAACAGCUCCUGGAUUGUCCUCGCAAUGCAUCAGGGGAAACUGGAGCUGCAGCUCAAGUACGGCGCCGUCAGCAGAGUCACCAGCAGCGGGCCCCUCGUCAACGACGGCCAGUGGAGAAAGAUCUCAGUGGAGGAGCAGGGCCGCAGUCUAGUGAUAAAGAUCGACAGGGAGGCUGUCAUGAAGAUCGCUGUAAACGGUGACCUGUUCACGCUGAAGAAAGGCAUGCACGAACUUAACCUCACUGUCGGAGGAGUUCCUUUCAGGGAGGAUGGUCUCGUCAAUCAGAUAAAUCCCCGGCUGGACGGCUGCAUGAUGGAGUGGCGCUGGCUGACGGGUGAAGACACCUCAAUCCAAGAAACCAUCCGGUCCAAUGACAACAUGCAGUGUUUCAGCUCUGAGGUUCCUGGAGCAUAUUACCCUGGAUCAGGCUUCGCUCUCUUCAACAUCAGCUAUGAGUCCAAGAACCUGAGCAUCCAGAUGACCCUGCGCCCACUUUCUGGUAUCGGAGUGCUGUUUGCGCUGGUUCACCAGGACAAAGUGCCUCUCUCUAUCGCUCUGUCUGACUACAAUCCCACCACAGAAGAGUGGAGAGAUUUCAUCCUGGUUUCUGUGGGCGACGUGGUCAUCGCCAGCUCUCCUGCACCCUUCUGCGACGGCGAGAGCCACAACAUCCAGGUGACCAUCUCAGGUAACCAGACUCUCCUUCUGGUCGACGGUCAGCCUGGACGAAGCGAAGAAUCAGAAUACACCACAGACGUCUUCUCACAUUCAAGCACCUUUAUAGGAGGUCUCCCAGACGUCUCCCUGGUGUCCACGCUGGUGUCGGCGGCCUACAGCGGUUGCUUGGAAGUCGCAGUGAACGGACAGUCUCUGGACUUGGACAAGGCCAUCCACAAACACAACGACAUCCGUUCUCACUCCUGCCCCCUGCUCAACUCUCAGCCGUGACAAAAAGCGGUCUAUAAGUAGGUCUUUGACUUGAUGGGGGGGAAAUGUCCACUAAAAUUCCAAAAGCUUUGACUCAUUGGGAGACAGCUUAGAUUGGAAAAAAGAAUAAAACACACAUUUGUUUUUAAAUUGACACUGCUACAUAAAUUGCUGGGGAUUUCUACCCCAGCAUGUCGGAUGGCAACUGAACUGAGCAGGAAAAUCCAUAGAAUCCAGCAAAUACAUGGCAAUACAUUUUGUAUUUUAUGCGAGCUGCCAGCGUAUUACAGGCUCAUUAGCCCAUAAGAACACAGCAGAUGAUUUUCAAAGCAGUGUUAAAUGGUUGGAGCCUGUCUGGUCGGAGUUCUACACAUCCUACCUUUGUUGAAAUACAGAUUUAUUUUAAUGUCUUUGCUGGUAUUUCCAAAACUUGAUUAAAGGGAGUGCUAACAAAUGUAAAAAAAAAACGAACAAGGACCCUACACUACCCUGCUGUGUCAUCAUCUGGUGCUUAAACGUCUCUGAGUGUUUGGUGCAUAACAACGUGUUGAUUGUGAACCGAGACUCGUAUUUGCCCUUAAAAUGCUGAAUCUCCUCUUGAGCCACAGCAUCAAAAACACAGCUCUGUGUUUUGUUGAUGACCUUGCACAUCGUUACAGGUAGAAAUGGACUGCAACGUGGAGCCAUUUUUAUGAUCUCCUCUCAAUUGCAAAAGCACUUCAUGUCUGCCUGCAACCUUAAAAAUCAACCAUGUGCCUAGAAAACAACAACCCAAACUUGUCAACAGCUCCCCUCCGAUCGGGUCAACCAUUUUUUGCAAUGGUGCAGUACUGUCACAACUCAAACUAUCAGCCUGUGCAUUUUCCGGGUGGAUUCUGAUCCUUUGAAGCACUGACCUGAUUGUUGAGCUUUAGUCACUUACUUCAUCACAGUCUCCCCUUCUUUUCCCGAGAGUCACUCAGUCACAGUUAAAACCUGCCACAUACCAACCUGACGGCCACAGAAGCACAGGGAGGCGGGAGGGGGCGCUGUCCAUGAGCAACGGACAAGGCACUGCAUCAAUCGCACCACACAAGCUACUGAGAACAAGAAGAGUGCGCUGUAUUAUACUGUGUGUAAAUAAUGUUACUGUAAAAUGCUUUAGAAAUGACAGAAAGCAAACACUACCUUCUGCUGCAAUAUUUUUGGAUCGUUUCAAAAACAACAAAAAAACAACACAAACGCCUCUCAGCUUGAGUUUGAGGAAAGCUUUGGCAAUAAGUUUGUCUGCUUGACACAGAAACCGAGAGGUGAGAAGAACAAUAGCCUGGAAUCAAAGUAGCAUCAGUCUUUAGAAGCUCGUUUUUAAUUUAUCGGUGCUGAGCAAAUCAAAACACGUUUCAAAGCUGAGAAUGUCAGAGGAGCAUUUUGACUUGAAACGCCAAAAGGGCUCCGGUGUUAUUUUACAUCCCUGUCAUUUUAUAGUUGUCUUAUGAAUGAAUGCAAGCGUAUCAAGUUUGACCUUCUAUUGUAUUUUUUUUAAACCAUGUGUUGUAUCUUGAAUUUUCCCUUAUUUUUAUUUUUCACUUUAAACUGCCAGUAUGUGUACAAUGCUGCAAGAUGUCUGCCUUUUGAGUUUUAACUUCCCCUAAACCUAUUUAAAAAUAAAAUCAGCUGUAUGAACAUUA